AUGUUCCCAAAACACCUGAUAGUAUUUCUACUAUUCAGCAUUAGUAUCAUCGCACAUGCAUCUCCAUGCACCAGCGCAGUCCAAAAACCCCCCUGUGUCAUCAUCAGUGGGCCCUCCUCCCUCAACAUAACCCACCUGCUCGCCUACAAACACAUUGACACCUCCAAAUAUCAAUAUCAACCCAUCAACCGCAACACCUACCAACGCGGCGACACAACCUUCCACAGCUUCGCCUUCUCCCUCCAGGAAGAAUGGCAGUUUGCUCUACGGGGGUAUUACAAUCUCGCGCGACUCACUGCAGAGUCCAGCGACGUUAGCCUCACACCAGGCUUGAUAUGGGUCCAGGAGGAUCAGCUCUACGUUCGUCUGGUUACGGGGACGCCUCUUGAGCCCCAGAUGAGCACUUUUAGUCUGGGGACUGUGAAGUUGGGGAAGUGGCAUGUGGUGUCUGUUCUGGCGAAGUGGGGGGUUGAGGGGAACGGGGAUCUCCAGUUGUGGGUUGAUGGGGAGAAGGUACUGGAGAAGACGGGGGUAGAUACAAUCAUGGAUGAUGGGAGGGUGUAUCGGUUUGAGAGUUGUAGGUUGGGGCGGUGUUUGGGGGUGUAG